AUGGCAAAGUGUCAAUUUACAGCGAGCCGCCGCGGCCCUAAUCCUGAGCCAAAGGACAUUACGGUCAACCACGUCAAGUUCUGCAUCGACCCCAACAGCGAAUCUGACGAACUUCCGGACCCAGAAGUCGUACUUCGCGGCCCUUGCGAGUUUCCCAGAAUUGACGAAAGGUUCCUCAUGAGCAAGACUCGCAUCACCUGGCUCGACUGUUUCAACCCAAACGAAGACCCCACCCGCCAGGUCUUCCAAGGCCUCAACACCUUGGCCCGCGUCGAUUACGAGACGGGCGAGGUCGAGUACUUCUCGCCGGGGCCCAACUGUCUGGUCCAAGAACCGGCUUUCAGCCCCAGACACCCUGAUGCGCCAGAGGCCGAUGGGUUCCUCAUCACCAUGGUAGAUAACAUGGAACUUGGUAGAAACGAGCUGAUAAUCCAAGACACGCGCGAUUUCCAAACGGUUGUUGCCAAGGUCAUUCUGCCCUUCCGUGAGUACUACCUAAGAACCUAG